GGCGGGAGCGGGCGCCUGUGCCUCGGCGUCUCCGGAGCCCGAGCCCGACGCGGCGCCCCCCGAGCCCCGCGGCCCAGCCAGGCGGGAGCGGGCCCGGCCCCCGCCGCCGCCAUGUCGAGCCUGCUGGACUUCAGGAGCAGCGUGCUCAGGCAGGUGCAGGGCCGCCCGCCCUUCCGCCGCAGGCCCGAGGAGGAGGCGGGGGGCGCGGGCGCCGACGCCCAGGGGCCCCCCGCGGCAGCCCGGAAGCCGGGGGACGGCGCCGAGUUCUUCGCCCGCGUGCGCGUCCUCCUGCGGAAGGGCGAGGGCCGCCCGCGGCCGCCGGGUCCCGAGCGCCCCUCCUUGCAGGUCCUCCUGCGCAGCGGCUCGCCCGCCCCCGCCGAGCCCGUGGACCCCGACCGCGGCCCGGGCGCUCUCACCCCGGAGGAGGUGGAGAUGCUCUACGAGGAGGCCGUGUACACGGUCAUCCACCGCGCGGGGACAAUGGGCCCUGAGCAGGUGGACGACGAGGAUGCCCUGCUGGCCUACCUCCACCAGGUGUUCGGCACCAGCCCCGAGGAGCACGCUGAGGCCGUCGAGCGCGUGCGGAAGGCCAAGGCCCCCACAUACGCCCUCAAAGUGUCAGUCAUGCGCGCCAAGAACCUGCUGGCCAAAGACCCCAACGGCUUCAGCGACCCGUACUGCAUGCUGGGCAUCCUGCCGGCCUCGGGCGCCCCACGGGAGCCGGGUGAGCAGAAGGAGCAGCGCUUCGGCUUCCGGAAGGGCAGCAAGCGCGGCGGCCGGGACCCACUGCCCGCCAAGUGCAUCCAGGUCACCGAAGUCAAGAGCAGCACCCUGAACCCCGUCUGGGAGGAGCACUUCCUCUUCGAGAUCGAGGACGUUGGCACUGACCAGCUGCACCUGGACAUCUGGGACCACGACGAUGACGUGUCCCUAGUGGAAGCCUGCAGGAAGCUGAACGAGGUCAUCGGCCUCAAGGGUGUGGGCAGGUACUUCAAGCAGAUCGUCAAGUCGGCCCGGGCAAACGGGGCGGCGGGCCCCAGUGAGGACCACCCCGACGACUUCCUCGGGUGCCUCAACCUCCCUGUCCGUGAGGUGCCCGUGGCCGGUGUUGACCGCUGGUUCAAGCUGGAACCGCGCUCCAGCGCCUCCCGCGUGCAGGGCGACUGCCACCUGGUCCUCAAGCUCAUCACCACGCAGAGGGCCACAACCAUGGGCCAGCUCGGGCGCUCCGGCUUCCUGUCCUACCAGCUGCUCUUCGGCCACCUGCUGCAGUUCGAGCACCGCACCCAGGAGCCCGACACGAGCAGCUGGCGCGGGGAUCUCAGUGGGCCGGCCACCACCCUCCUCUGUCUGCACGGCGCCCAGGGCAACCUGUCGCCCCUGCAGCUGGCACUGCUGCACUGGGAGGUCAGCAGCCGCCACCAUCAGACCUGCAGCCUGGACUACGGCUACCUGCUCGGGCUGCUGGGCGACCUGCAGGCCCACUGGGAGGAGGUGGCCUCACUGCCCCCGGAGCAGGAGCAGAGCCUGGCCAACAGCUUCUCGGCCUUCUCUGAGUUCGGGCUGCGGCUGCUGCGCCAGCUCCGUGACUACUUCCCGGCCACCAACAGCACCGCCAUCCACCGCCUGGAGCUGCUGCUGAGGUGUCUCUGCAAGCUGCAGCAGUUCCGGCCUUGCUCCAAGAGCUGCCCAUUCGAGACGGAGCUCAACAUGGACAUCACCGCGGCCCUGAAGAGGGGCAACUCCGAGUGGUACGACAGGCUCCUAAAUGCCAAGAGCCCUCGCGAGCAGCCCGGGCUGCAGCGCCUCUCAGGGCUCAUCGAGCUGGCCGACACCAUCUAUGAGGACCUGCAGUCCUGCCACGGCGUCUAUGCCAGCCUGUUCCACAGCAUCCUCCAGGUCGACGUCUUCACUCUCACCUUCCGGCAGCUGGAGCGUCUGGUGGCUGAGGAGGCAAGGGUGCUGAUGGAGGAGCUGCACCCCAACAUGACCCUCGAGGCAGCCACGGGGCUCCUGGAGCUCUACCUGACCCUGGCCGAUACCCGGUGCCUCUGGAGCAGCAGCCCGGGCCGGGAUGGCCACUCCCUGGCCCUGGCUGGCAUCCACGACCUGUUCCUGCCCGCUGUGAAGUUCUGGCUGCAGGUGCUGCGGGACCAGGCCAAGUGGCGGCUUCAGGGAGCCGUGGACGUGGACACGCUGGAAGCAGUGGACACCUCCUCCAAGCACAGCAGCUCUGCGGCCACCGCCAGCCUCUGCUUCAGCUACAUCCAGGAGCUAUGGACCCGCCUGGCGUGGCCAGACCCGCCCCAGGCCCAGGCCCUGGGCACCCAGCUCAGCCAGGACACGUGUGAGGUGGUCCUCUUCUACACGGACCUGCUCCGCAAGAAGGCAGAUGCGCGGCCUGCGGCCGUGAGCGAGGCGCUCUGCGUGGUUCUCAAUGACAUGGAGCUCGUGCGCAAGGCAGCCGGGCAGGUGCUGCGGGGCCUGGCGGGGCCCGAGGGGGGCCUCCCACGCCCCCUGCUCAGUUGCUCGCAGGCCCUGGAGGAGGAUCUGCAGCGGGAGGCCCGCACCGUGACCGCGCACCUGACCUCCAAGAUGGUGGGCGACAUCAGGAAGUAUGUGCAGCACGUCAGCUUGUCUCCGGACUCCAUCCACAACGACGAGGCCGUAGCCCCGCUCCUGAAGUACCUGGAUGAGAAGCUGGCCCUGUUCAAUGCCUCGCUGGCCAAGGAGAACCUGAGCAGGGUGCUGGAGGCCCUCUGGGAGCUGCUGCUGCAGGCCAUCCUGCAGGCGCUGGGCUCCCACCAGGAUGCCUCUGCUGCCUUCUACGGCCGCUUCCACUUCACACUGGAGGCCCUGGUAAACUUUUUCCAUGCGGAGGGCCAGGGCCUGCCCCUGGAGAGCCUGAGGGAUGGCAGCUACAAGAGGCUGGAGGAGGAGCUGCGUCUGCACAGAUGCUCCACUCGCGAGUGCAUCGAGCAGUUUUACCUAGACAAGCUGAAGCAGCACGCCCUGGAGCAGCACCGGUUCGGGCGCCUGAGCGUGCGCUGCUACUACGAGGCGGCCGAGCAGCGGCUGGCGGUGGAGGUGCUGCGCGCCGCCGACCUGCCCGCGCUCGACGCCAACGGACUGAGCGACCCCUUCGUGAUCGUGGAGCUGGGUCCGCCGCACCUCUUCCCGCUGGUCCGCAGCCAGAGGACGCAGGUCAAGGCCCGCACGCUGCAGCCCGUGUUCGACGAGCUCUUCCACUUCUCCGUGCCCGCCGAGGCCUGCCGCCGCCGCGCCGCCUGCGCGCUCUUCACCGUCAUGGACCACGACUGGCUGUCCGCCAACGACUUCGCGGGCGAGGCGGCCCUGGGCCUGGCGGCCGUCAGCGGCGUGGCCCGCAGCUCGGUGGGAGGGGGCGCGAGGGCCGUUGAGCCCGUCACCCUGCACCUGCGCCGGCCCCGAGCCCAGGUGCGGUCGGCGCUGAGGAUGCUGGAGGGCCGCCCCAGCAAGGAGGCGCAGGAAUUCGUCAAGAGGCUCAAGGAGCUGGAGAAAUCCAUGGAGGCGGACGCCUGAGCCCCAAUCGUUCCUCACCAUGCCCCCCAGCCCGUACAGGCAGGGCUGGUGGCAGCCUCCUCGCUGUGUGGCCUGCGUGCAGUGGCUGGACCCGUGGCUUCCGCCUGCCCCUGGCUAUGUGGUUUUGUGUCCUCCAUGAACCCCCUGGGCCCAUGAGCUCCCACCCCACGUGGACCUGGACAGCAGACUGGGUGGUGCCUGGCAGCUGCUCCACUGCAGGCUCAGCGGGCCGGAUCCAGACCAGCAGGCCCUGAGCAGAGGUUUUGCCCCCAGAGAACAGAGGGCACAUUUGGAAAUGUUUCUGGUUUUUGCAGGGGGUGGG